CCUGCGCUGUGUGGAGGUCGUUGGAGUCAUUUGCCAGCUGCCAGCCCCUUCGCCGGCCGUUCGGUGCCCCGCCCGCUCCAGCCAUGCUCUCCGCCCUCGCCCGGCCUGCUGGCGCUGCUCUCCGCCGCAGCUUCAGCACUUCCGCCCAGAACAAUGCAAAAGUAGCAGUGCUUGGAGCUUCAGGAGGAAUUGGGCAGCCUCUUUCACUCCUGCUGAAGAACAGCCCCUUGGUGAGCCGCCUGACCCUCUACGAUAUUGCUCACACACCCGGAGUGGCCGCAGAUCUGAGCCACAUCGAGACUAGAGCGAAUGUGAAAGGCUACCUCGGACCGGAGCAGCUACCAGACUGCCUAAAAGGUUGUGAGGUGGUUGUUAUUCCAGCUGGAGUCCCGAGAAAACCAGGCAUGACACGUGAUGACCUGUUCAACACCAAUGCAACAAUUGUGGCCACCCUGGCUGCAGCCUGCGCCCAGCAUUGCCCUGAGGCCAUGAUCUGUGUCAUUGCAAAUCCGGUCAAUUCCACCAUCCCAAUCACAGCAGAAGUUUUCAAGAAACAUGGAGUAUACAACCCCAAUAAAAUCUUUGGUGUGACAACCCUGGACAUUGUGAGAGCCAACACUUUUGUGGCGGAGCUGAAGGGUCUGGAUCCAGCUCGGGUCAAUGUUCCUGUCAUCGGUGGCCACGCUGGGAAGACCAUCAUCCCCCUAAUCUCUCAGUGCACUCCCAAGGUGGACUUCCCCCAGGAUCAGCUGACCACCCUCACAGGGCGAAUCCAGGAGGCUGGCACAGAAGUGGUCAAGGCUAAAGCUGGAGCUGGCUCUGCCACCCUGUCCAUGGCGUAUGCCGGGGCCCGGUUUGUCUUCUCCCUUGUGGAUGCAAUGAACGGAAAACAAGGCGUUGUCGAAUGUUCCUUUGUUAAAUCCCAAGAAACAGAUUGUACCUAUUUCUCCACACCGUUGCUGCUGGGGAAAAAGGGUCUGGAGAAGAACCUCGGUAUUGGCAAGGUCUCCCCCUUUGAAGAGAAGAUGAUAGCGGAGGCCAUCCCUGAGCUGAAGGCCUCCAUCAAGAAGGGAGAAGACUUUGUGAAGAACAUGAAAUGAGAAAGCAGUCCAUGAGCAGUCCAUGUCCCUAACUUAUUUAGGUAUCACAUCACUGUAAAGCCAUUUCAGAUCCCUUUGUUUAUUUGCUUUGAUGACAAGUAUUGUAUCAUCACCAUGCCUUCCAAAUCAUGGCUCAGUCUAUUGGUGCAACAAUAAAAGCAGUCUUUUGAUUUUCAUUUUCAAG